UCACGCGAGGUAUCGAGCUAUCAACGUAAGUCCUCAAACAGAUAUCGUAUGAUUUAUAAUCACCUUUCCUUUAUUAACUUGACGACAUAAUGUGUGCAGGCGGCUGAAAACGGAUAAACUUUAGGAAUAGAGGACAUUUGUGUACAGGCAUAUUUGUUGAGCGGAUAAUCUUCGAACUUGCCUACGGACUUGUCCGCUGUAUUCAUCGUACCGUCUCUUCCACUGCAGUCAUCAUGCCAUACACGGCCUAUAUACGAAGACGAAUCUUUGGGGUUCUCGCGGCGACGAUUGUCGUAAUGACGGUUAUUGAAAACGCGAGUACGAUGAUGACGACGAGAGCAACGAUGACCACAUUACCACCGGUCUUGUACAGCGACAAUGGAACCGACAUUGACUUGCGUGAAAUAUUCAUUGGAAGGUGUGCCGACUUCAAGGCCGGAAGAGUCAACCCAACAGUCGACCUAAAUGAACUAAGAAUGAAGAAUUGUACACACCUAUGGAAUCUGUUUCAUUCUACAUUCAAGUACCGUGAAGCAUGCAAUGUGACUCGACCUAUGUAUAAGGAGUUCGUAGCUGAGGCCACCAUCACAAUACCCUCCAAUAAGUCGGCUUUUUGGGAUGGUUGGACCAUAUACGACACCGUUCACUCGUAUGCCAAAGAAGGCAGACGUUCGUGGUCGCUCGAGUAUACUCUAAUGGGUUACCUCAUUAACAAUCUCAAGUUCUGUGGGCAGGAGGCGGAACCAGGGUUGAGAUACGACUCUUGCCCCGGCCCUGAUGAAUGUGGGUUCGCUAAAGGGUGCGCUGAUGCGUUCUGGGCAGAGGCCUCCAUUAAUUUUGCAAAGCAAGCAAAGGGACAAGUUCGUGUUUUCUUCGACAGCAAUCGUGAAGGGGGUGCCUUUCACAAUAAUAACAGUUACUUUGCGCAGUAUGAAUUGAUUAACAUGGACCCGGAUGCUGUGGAGAACGUAAACAUUUAUCUGGUAACAGAGCUGGAGACAAAGUCAGGGGAUAACUGCACCUCUCCAUCUAUUCAGGAACUCAUUGGAAUCUUAAAAGAGAAAAAUAUUCGAUACACAUGCUACGAACAACCAAGGGAUGUAUUGCAUUUGCUCUGUAUUGACGGGAACGAGUCGGACGAGUGCAUUCUGCAAAAAGAUGCCCUUGUUUCGCCAACAGAUGUCGCUCUACCGUUAACUACAAGUUCAUCAUCGAGAACUCGUAACGCCAUUAGCAUCAGUUUUCAAGUAUUAAUCGUGAUCUUUGUUGGUUUUACACACCGUGUCUUACACAAUACGUAAUAUUCAGUUUCCAAGGUUACGUUUUUUGUUUAAUUUUACAGAAUAUGCCAACCUCCAGAGUUUCAAACUGACGUUAGUCUUGACAUUUUCAUCAAAUCAGUGAUAUUGUAAUAUGGAUGUUCAGAAAAAGAUUUUAUAACUACAAAUACAAAAAUCAAAAAAUUGUAUCAAUAAAAGUAGACCCGUUUUUCUAAUGCAAUGUAAAAAGAAAUUUAGGAAUAUACUUUUUUCUUCAUAUUUCUAAAAAUUCGCCGUAAAACAAAAAUAUUAUCUCCCACAAGUCGCAAUUAUAUGCUUGCUUCGUGGUCGUAUGUUACCCAACCAUGAGCAGUGCAAGUGAAAAUUAUUGUUCAAAUUCACCUUUCAAAAAGGAUGCACAUAUUGACUCCUAAUAUUUUUAAUUAUCUCUAAUUUUCACUCUGACUGUAAAUCGGAAUACUGUUUAAAUAAAAAGAACAUCUGAGAAUACAAUAUUAUAAAUAUUUCGGUUUUCUCGUGAUAGAAGAAGGAUCUUCAACACAAUGUUAACACGCAGCAUCGUGAAUUAUUAUUAAAUUAUAAUUCACUAAUAAAAGAAUUAUGUUUUGUGUUCAUAAAUUGGGACCAAAGGCAUACGAAGUUCUAUUGUUUAUCUGAUAUAAAAUUAAGAUUGUUAUGUAUGCAAGUUUCAAUAGCAGGGAUCAUACUUUAAGUUUUCUUGAUUUUUUUUCUUUUGUAAUUCACAGAUACGAAAAUCUUUCCCUUUAGCCAAACCAUCUCAAUAAUUUAUCCAGAUUGCAAUGCAAAAUAACAUACCAGUAAAUAUUUUCGCAACUAGCUAUCCCGACAAAUGAA